AUGAAGAUUCUCCUAAGCAUUUUCUUCAUUGAUUUGUUUAUUGUUUCUAUCUACGGUGAUUUUAACAUAACACUUCAAGUACCUAAAUCAAAUUUUACAGUGAAUAACACAAACGUUCCCUUUUCGAUUCAAAUCAGUCAAUUAGUUAAUCGACCGACAUUUUCAUCACGCAUCUGUGUUUAUAAUUAUUCGACAAAUACAUCAGUUUAUCAAAUCGAUGUUUCUAACUCUAACAGCAGUGUGAGCUACACAAACUACACAGUAGCCUUUUAUUUACCGCAAAAUCUUUAUAAUGCCAGCAAUGAAUUCUAUAUCACCUUUGAUGUCGGCGUAUUGUUUUCCAACAGUACUAUCAACUCAACUGCCUUUACUGAUCCACAGUUUUGGCAUCUGAGAGUGAUUGAUCCUUCGACAACUACUACAACCACUACAACAACAGCAACCACAACUACUUCGUCUACGACCACUACUGCUAAUGUCGCCGUAGUGACAGUGACAACAUCAACUACCACCACCACCACUACUACUACUACAACCAGUCAAACAACGCGAUCGUCGACAACAACGACGACGACAAUGACAACGACAACAACAGUUACUUCUGCACCAGUCAACACAGGUGAACCACCUCCAACCCGUUCAGCACAGUUGGGUAUGGGGCUAGGUAUAACAUUUAUAACCAUAGCAAUUCUUGCUGAAAUUAUCUAUUUCAAAUAUUGCUACAGUGGCGGAGACCGUGGUGGAAGUUAUUACACAUGA